GGGUCUGGCGCCCGAAUAGGCAGUCGAGGUGGAUUAGCCGACGCGCGAUCGAGUCUUUGUCGGAAAACGGUCGCGAUGGGUUGCCACCGUGCUGGCGACCAGACCCCUGCGCUAUCAAACGUGGCGAGCCUGAAACUACGCUAAAUAUCCCCCGCGCAGCACCCUCCAUUAUCGCCACCGCCCUCCUCCCCCCUCCCUGCCCCGCCUCUCGGGCAGACCAGUCGUUCCGUCGAACACGCUCCGAGUCACUGGCAUGGUGAACGACUGGCCUCCGUAUCCUCCCCUAGAUGAGACCGAACUUGAGAAAGCUGUGCGCUUAGAAGAGGAAAAUGUUGCGAAAAGAAUUAGCGAUGAGAUUGAUCGCGCCAUCGAACACGACAGACAGGAGAUGCGCAAGAAGCGCCACCAGACCAAGAUCCUGCUUCUAGGCCAAGCAGAGUCUGGCAAAUCCACCCUCCUCAAGAAUUUCCAGCUCCAGUUCGCGCCCAAAGCAUUCCACGCAGAGGCAGAGGGGUGGCGCGCAGUCAUCCAGCUCAACCUCGUCCGCUCCAUCAACGUCAUCCUCAGCCUCCUCUCCAAAGCGAACAGCAACCCCGCCUCGCCCUCCCCUCCACCGCGAUUCAGCAAGCCCAAGGACGACCUCCGGUGGCUCAAGGUGCGCCUCGCGCCGCUCCGCCAGGUCGAGGUGAUCCUCAACAGGCUGCUCGGCGUGAACCCCGACGAGACCGAUGACGCUGAUUUGGUGUUGGACAGCGGCCGGCUCUCUGAGGUGGCCAUCCGCUCCAACUGUGGGUGGCAGACCCUCAUGCGGACCGAGCGCUCGAGUCCAUCGAGUCGUUUUCUGUCCGACUUGGACGAUGCUAGGAGGAUUUUGGAGGCAUGCCGGGACGACAUUGUGUCCAUGUGCGAGGACGCCGUGGUGCGGCGCAUCCUGCAUGAACAAGGCGUUGUGUUAUUGAACGAGCCCGGAUUCUUCUUCGACCAAGCCGAGCGGAUAGCGUCGAUGACGUACGAGCCGACACCAGAGGAUAUCCUCAGGGCACGGUUGAGAACAGUGGGAGUGGAAGAGCAUCGACUAGUCAUGGAAACUCUAACUGCCUCUAUGGAGAAGGGGCGUGAGUGGGUCUUUUACGACGUCGGCGGCGCCAGAGGGCAGCGAGCCACUUGGGCAUCGUACUUCGAAGACGUCAACGCGGUCAUGUUCCUCUGCCCGCUUUCUGGCUUCGACCAGGUCCUAUCGGAAGACAGGGCCGUCAACCGAUUGAUAGAUACCAUGAAGCUGUGGAAGGUCAUAUCCUCCAGCAAGCUCCUCCAGAACGCGACGUUCGUCCUCUUCCUGAACAAGUCCGACAUCCUGCGGAAAAAGCUUGACUCCGGUGUCCUCUUCCGCGAUCACAUAGAGCAGUACAAGGACCAGCCGAACGAUUUUGACAGCGUCACCACCUACAUCAAGAAGGUCCUCCUUGCGAUACACAAAGACAACACACCGAAAAAGCGCGAUGUGCACGUACAUAUCACCUGUGCAACAGAUACGAACAUGAUGUCCAUCGUCCUCAACAGCAUACACGACGUCAUCCUCAUGAACGCCCUCGAAACGACCAGCCUGAUAUCCUGACGGGCCAAGCACAGCACAUCCCGACCUCCACUCGUGACUCUGGCAGUCCGCCAUGUCACGUCAUGUCAUGUCCAUACUACUGUAUACAUACCACACGUUAUGCUCCACAUCACUACCGCACAUGCUAUAUUCAAGUUCUCACGACCGCUCGGACACGCUGGUAUAAUACGGUAAUGCGCUAGUGUAUAUUCGCUUAGGAAUUCUUGUGAUAUCCGUGUAGGAGGUACACGUGUCGGGUGUCGCUGCUGUCUUGUUGCAAUCGAAGAUGUUGUCGUUGGGAGGUCGUCGAUAUUAAUAUUCAUCGCUCGUGUUAUC